AUGUCCUUCAUCUACAGUAUGAAUUUCGGAACCGAGAAUUCGCCGAAUAAAGGCCAAUCCAACGAUUCGGCCGAUUUCACGCGGCCACCUACGGCUCAGGGGGACAACGCCGGCGCCGACAACGAGCGGCCCGCCGAGCCGGCGUCGACGAAGCGUCUGUCGGUAUCGAAGUCAGACAUGUCCCAACUCUUGGUCCACCUCAACGAUCGGCUCGAACAAGCAGAAGCCAGGCUGGCUUUCGGAUCUCCAACUCUCAACACACAACAGAACCACGCGGCAUGGCCUGAGCUGGGCCUCCUUACGUCUCCAAGCUCGGCGACCGUGGCUUCGGGCUCUGGAUUCGGCCAUCAUGGGCACGAACAGGUUCAGCUGCUGCCCAGCGGGACAAAUCUCCCUAUCACGUCUGGCAACACAAUACUGUUGGAGUCUCAUGGACCGAAAAUCGAGUGUGGUGAGGCCUCCUCUGAAAUGCGAAUGGAUUCGACAAGUACCGAUAUACCAUCGGACUAUCUAGUGGACCCAUCGGCCACUGGCAGCUGGGACAUGGAUACUACGCUCCAGGAGUAUUCGUUCAAUUCCUACAGCGAGGCCGAGUCUGACACCACUCUGGUCAUUCCAAGUGCCGUGCUCUCAAAGCUGCAUUCUAGUUUCUUCGAUGUCUUCCACCCUGUAACACCGAUUAUCGACCGCUCUCGGUUCCAGGCCAAGCUGGCUUGCGAGCCGGUGCCCAUACAAACGCAAGCCCUCUCCCUGGCCAUGGGGACGUUGGGCGCUCUGGCAACGCCGGAACUCGACUUCGCCCUCGAUGCAUGCUAUCUCCAGGCCCGGAAUCUUCUCAAUCAGUGCGAGAUGCAAGAGAGCGACGCGCCACUCGCGGAUAUAAAUACCCUACAGGCGUGCAUCCUGCUAAGCCUCUACGAGUUCAGACAGAAUCUGUCCCGGGCUUGGAUCACCCUUGGGCGGGCGAUGAGGCUGGGCCAGAUCAUGUGUUUGGAUAGGACCCACGCCACCCGAAAUUCCGCCCACCCGGGCCCGUUCACGCCCCUCCCGCCCGUCUCCGACCCCGGGGAGCUCGAGGAGAGACGGCGCGCUUUCUGGCAGCUGUACAUACUCGACGGCUUCGCGAGCAUGAGAACGAACUCGACGCCCACGUUCGAUGGAAGAGAGGUCUCUCUCCCCCUGCCCUGCCCCGGGAAUCUUGCUACCAUCUCCGAACCACACGAGAUGCCACCACUAGGGCAAGUGUUUGACCUGUCGCGGGAUGUCAAGGUAUCGUUCUUCGCGGGCACCGCCAUCAUGGUAGCCAUGUACCGACGCUGUUUCGACCACAUCUACACCUGGGCUCACGUGCCAUCCUAUCCGUUCUGGGAUACUCAUUACGGCAUCGACAGUCUAAUCGCCCAUAGCCGGGAGAAUCUACUCGAGCAGUACUGCGAACUCGACGGCAACAGCACGGACCGGCCCCUCUGUAUCAUUCUACGUAUGAACAUGGCUGCGGUGGAGAUCAACUUGCACGAGACAGCCAUCGCCAAGGUGAACAACGAGCACCUGCCGUCGAGCCUCGCGACCGAGGCCAUGACCAAGUGCGAGUCCGGGGCGAGGGAUAUUGAGGAUGCCGUACGGGCCGGUCAGCGACUGAGAGGCAGAGAUUUGGCCACGUUUCAGCAUGCGAGCCCCCUAUUCACCUGGCCCAUGACGAAAGCAAUGCAAGCCUACCUGUGGGUGCUGCACCACCGCAAGGACAACAUCAACACGUGUAUCAACGGUCUGCGCACGCUGGCCGCCUCGGCGAGGGAGCUCAUCGACUCGGACCAACUGGUUCCCGAGCUCCUGGAGCAGAUCGACGCCCGACUAGCCGAGGCAGAUCGGUCCAAGAAGAGAAGAUAUGCUCCGGGGCUGAGCAGUUUCUAG